CAUGGAGAAUAAAAGCUCACCAGAAACAUCCCAAAUGCAUAAGUGGUUCUCAUCUUUUUUGGCAGCCUAAAACCUGAGUGGAGUUUAAAGAGAACUAAAUUGGACCAUCCAGUUUCCUUCCCAGGAUCAUCUGGACAGUGUACCGCUUUAUGAUGGAUUCUUCCAAAUCUUCUGACUAUUGUGAAUACUUUGGCAAAAUCCAUGGAAUUCUAAUGUAUAAAGAUUUUAUAAAACAUUGGGAUGAUGUGGAGACAUUCCAGGCAAGACCAGAUGACAUUGUCAUUGCCACCUAUCCUAAAUCUGGUACAACCUGGGUUAGUGAAAUUGUAUACAUGAUCUACAAAGAGGGUGAUGUGGAAAAAUGCAAAGAAGAUGUCAUUUUUAAUCGAAUACCUUUCUUGGAGUGCAGAAAAGAAGAGCUGAUGAAUGGAGUAAAACAAUUAAAACAGAUGGCAUCUCCUAGAAUAGUGAAGACUCAUCUGCCAGCUGACAUUCUUCCAGCCUCAUUUUGGGAAAAUAACUGUAAGAUGAUCUACCUUUGCCGGAAUGCCAAAGAUGUCGCUGUUUCCUUUUAUUAUUUCUUUCUAAUGGUAAAUGCCCAUCCAGAUCCUGGAUCUUUUGAAGAGUUUGUGGAGAGAUUCAUGGAUGGACAAGUGCCUUAUGGUUCCUGGUAUAAACAUGCAAAAUCUUGGUGGGAAAAGAGGAAGAAUCCACAUGUGCUUUUUCUCUUCUAUGAAGACAUGAAGGAGGAUAUCAGAAAAGAGGUGAUAAAAGUGAUACAAUUUCUGGGAAGGAAGCCAUCAGAAGAGCUUGUGGACAAGAUUAUACAACAUACUUCAUUCCAGGAGAUGAAGAACAACCCAUCUACCAAUUAUACAACACUACCAGAAGAAAUCAUGAACCAAAAAGUUUCUCCCUUCAUGAGAAAGGGGAUUGCAGGAGACUGGAAGAAUCACUUUACAGUAGCACUGAAUGAGAAAUUUGAUAUACAUUAUGAGCAGCAAAUGAAAGGGUCUACUCUAAAGUUAAGAACUGAAAUCUAAGAAGGGUUUUCUAAAUAUAUCUAAGGUUAAAGGUUUCUUCUCAUCGUUCCUCACUUUUUUCAAAUUUUGGAUUGGUAGAGAAGGAAUCAUAUGAAGGAUCAUGAUUAGAUUCACAUGAUUAUUGAAAUGUUCAUAUAAAAACAAGAUUUUUGUCCAGGCUAUGGUCUUUUUUGUUUUCUUUCUUUUUCUUCCUUUUUUUACAAAUAUUGCACAAAUAUAUAACCUAUAAAUUACUACAAAUCUAUGAUCUAUAUGUAUGAUGUAGGAACAUACAGUUUGAAUUGUCAAGUUAAAAAUAACCAAAAAUGUCCAUCAAUGGAUGAAUGGAUAAAUAAGAUGUGGUAUAUAUACACAAUGUAAUAUUACUCGUCAAUAAAAAAGAAUGAAAUCUUGCCAUUUGCAACUACGUGGAUGGAACUAGAGGGUAUUCUGCUAAGUGAAAUUAGUCAGCCAGAGAAGGACAAAUAUCAUAUGACUUUACUCAUAUGAGGAAUUUAAGAUACUAAACAGAUGACCAUAAGGGAAAGGAAGCAAAAAGAAUAUGAAAACAGGGAAGGGGACAAAACAUAAAAGACUCUUAAAUAUAGAGAACAAACAGAAGGUUGCCGGAGGGGUUGAGGGGGGGCUAAAUGGGUAAGGGACAUUAAGGAAUCUACUCCUGAAAUCAUUGUUACACUAUAUGCUAACUAACUUGGAUGUAAAUUAAACAACAUAUAAAUUUUUUUAAAAACCCCAAAAAAUAAAAGUAGUUAA